AUGGAUAAUCUAGAUUUCGAUAAGCAAGCAGAUGAACUUGUAGAGAAAGCUAUGCAAUAUCCAGGACUUCAGAUAAUACGAUGUUACCCAUUCCUUAAAUUAUACCUUUUUUCAGAGAAUAAUAUUGAGUGAGAAAUUGUUAUUUACUAUCAUAUUGGAUAUAGAGUUCCUGUUAUGUAUUUUAGAUGCCGAAACCUAAUUCUAGCAUUUUAUGAAGUAAUGGAUCAAAUAAAACAGUUCAAAGAAUUUAUUACUCCUGAAGAGCUUCCUACCACAGGGCAGCCUUUUUAUGUUCUUCAUCCUUGCAGGUCUAAAGAACUGCUUGAUAUUUCAGGAAGCCUUUUAUCUUGAUUAAGCAUUACUUUACAAGCAAUUGGUGUCUCUCUCCCACUUACCACCUCCUCUGAGAGAAAUUAUUUUGUUCGAUUAAAUAAAAGGGUUAAUUUUUUUAUAUUAAAAAUAAUAGCAAAAUGAUUUAAGCUGCUAAAAUUGAAAAUCAAAAAUUAAUCUGCAUUGCAUUAGUGGUUAUCAUUAUUAUAAUGGUUCAGUUACAAUUAUUAAUUUGACGAUUUUUUAACAAAUUCGCGAUUUUUUUCUGUUUAUUAUUUUGAAUCCAAUAUAGUUUUUUCUUCAUCAUCAUCUCAAAUCUCUAGCUAUACAGCACAAUUUCUGUUAAACUCACUCUUUUAAGAUCCUCAUUCAUUAUCUCACUUAGAAAAUCAAUAAUUUCUGCUCUACUUUUUUGAUACAUACAGCACUCUUCAUUUCAAAAAUUAAUUUAACUAGUAAAAUUUAUGUUUUAAAUGUAAGCUAUUUAAAAGUUCAACAUAAUUAGAUAGAGAUUUCAUAUAAUAAUUAUUUAUUAUAUAUAUAUAAAUAUUUUUUUUCAUAAAGCCUCAUAUAUUUAAAAAAUUUUUGUUCGCCCGCGGAGGGAGGAGGAGCUAGCAUAUAUAUUCAAUAA